CACAUCCAUCCAGCGUGCCCGUUCAGAAGUCCACUACUCACCAUGUUCGGUCGACGACCAUUCAUCGACCCAAUGAUGGCCCCAAGCAGUAAGCUCUCGAUGGCGUCCAAAGAACCUAGUACUCGAGGCUGCUGGCCGCCAUGCCACGUCGACGGUCAAAAGUUGCCCUUACCUUAUCUACCACUUCUCGGACUUUUCUGACAUGUCCACCUGGGCGAACUGUUACUCGUAUUCUCGAGAAACUUGUUCCCUCGAGCUGAGUCGUUCUUGCAUUGCGCACUCGUCCUUUGCCAUUCUGCCUUUUGAUUUGGUUUGAACAGACUGGGGCAAUUGCGUAGCUUUGCGUCGCAGCGUCCUACUCGUUGACUUCUUUCCUACCUACCUAUUGCAAAGGCGCGCUUACCUCCUUCCCUCUAACUGUGCAACAACGACAACAAGGGCAGGAGCCUCCCACCAUGGAUAAUAUCCGUGCCCGGUCCGGUUUUCUUCCUGGCCUCUUUGGUCACAGAAGAGGCAAAAUCAGAACAGCAGAGAAUAGUACUGGAGUAACACCUGACGGCGAAGACGAAAAGAUGCAAGGCCCAAGAGCUCAUCCUUUCUUCAAGAGGAUUCCCAAUGGCCCUCGGAACCACUUCGUCGCCAUGGCUGGCGAGUUCGUCGGCACAUUCCUCUUCUUGUUCUUCGCAUUUGCAGGCACUCAAGUAGCCAAUACCCCUCAGACCGCUACUGGUAGCACCAGUACCACUCUGCCUCAAGGCCCGAAUCCUGCACAACUCCUCUACAUAAGCCUCUGCUUUGGUUUCUCUCUUGCUGUCAAUGCUUGGAUCUUCUACAGAAUCUCUGGUGGUCUCUUCAAUCCGGCUGUGACUCUGGGUCUUUGUCUGAUCGGUGCCGUUCCAUUCUUCCGCGGCUUUCUUGUGUUCAUUGCACAAAUGCUCGGAGCUAUGGCAUCUGCUGGUGUCGUCAAGACUCUGUUCCCUGGCCCUCUUGCUGUCACGACUUCUCUUAGUGGGGGAACCAACAAGGCGCAGGGAUUGUUCAUCGAGAUGUUUCUCACGGCGCAGCUUGUGUUCACAAUCUUCAUGCUAGCGGCCGAAAAGCACAAGGGCACCUUCCUCGCUCCAGUCGGUAUUGGACUGUCUCUGUUCAUCGCCGAAUUAGCUGGCGUCUACUAUACUGGCGGCUCUUUGAAUCCUGCUCGAAGCUUCGGUCCUUGCGUUGCCAACCACUCCUUUCCUUCCGAACACUGGAUCUACUGGCUCGGACCUCUUCUGGGAGCGUUGCUUGCUGCAGGCUUCUUCUGGUUUAUCAAGAGCUGUGAAUACCAAACCGCCAAUCCUGGGCAGGACUUCGAUGACCUCGAAGCUACAGCCUACAACCCGGAAAUGGACAUCACUCGACCGGUCGUUAGUCCCACCGCGGUGAUCGAGCCUGUGUCAUCCCGCGACGGUGUGCCGAGAACUUCGAAGGACGAUAGAUCCGCCUCGCUACUACCACAGCAUCGUGUCAUGUCGUCUCAAGAUACUGAGCCAGACACCAAUGGUUCGGCUGCAGCUCACCACAGAACGACUCUUGGUUGAAAAAGUCAACAUGAAAGUCCACUGGAAACACGGCAACCUGAGAAUGUUUGGGUGCUGUCGAAUCUGUCAUUUAUUCUGUCAAAUCGAUCUGGUUUUUACGGAUACCCCAAUGCUGCUAUUGCUCGUCGCGUUCCAGCAAGUUUGCCGAGCGUUCGUUUGAGACAGAGUGAAAAAUGCAUAAUGGAACAUUGAGUUGCUCUCGAACUGUGAGCUGUAUGGAAGCGCAAAAGUCAGGGGUGAUAACCUCUUUUGAAGGCAUGGGCACACGAGAAUAGCAGAUUUAAUCAUUCACACGGUAUACAGAAGUGUGAGCACAAUACAUCGUAU